AGUAGAUUACAAAUAGCGUCAACCACGUCAAAAAAAAUCUCCCAAAAAAGACCAUGUCAAAAAGAAAAACGCGCCAACUGUUUUCCGGAAAGCAUCGGAUUAGAUUAGAAAUACCGGCUGGAUCGAACUACGGCAUCCAGUUGUGCCCUAGUUUUCGAUCCCAAAUUCCCCGAUCUCUGCUGCCCUAGUUUUCGAUCCCAAAUUUCCCCGAUCUCGACUCUCGAUCUGUAGUUCGCGCGCACUCCGGCGAACAUGGCAGCGAUCAUGGCGGCGCGCGGGCAGGGUCUGGAGCAAGAUUUCGAUUUCUUCGUGGUGGUCGACUUUGAGGCGACGUGCGUGAAAGACGCGCGGAUCUACCCGCAGGAAAUCAUUGAGUUCCCCGCCGUGCUCGUCGACGGCGCCAGCGGCCGCAUCGAGUCCUCGUUUCGCAGGUACGUUCGUCCUAAACACCACCCUGUACUGACCCAGUUUUGCAGGAAACUCACCGGCAUCCGGCAGGAGGAUGUCGACGGCGGCGUGGAUCUCGGCGAGGCACUCUGGCUGCACGACGCUUGGCUGAAGGCGGCGACGGCGGGGGCAGGGAGCAGCAGGAGGGUCCAAUUGGCCGUCGUGACCUGGGGUGACUGGGAUUGCCGGACCAUGCUCGAGUUCGAGUGCCGCUUCAAGGGCAUCGAGAAGCCCUCCUACUUUGAUCGCUGGAUCAACCUGAGGGUCCCCUUCCAGGCGGCGCUCGGCGGCGGAGGGCGGGUGAACCUGGAGGAGGCGGUCCGGGCGGCGGGGCUGGACUGGGAGGGUCGCCUGCACUGCGGGCUGGACGAUGCGCUCAACACGGCGCGGCUGCUUGCUGAGAUCAUGCGGCGAGGGGUGAAGAUGACCAUCACCGGAUCGCUGGCGCCGCCGGCGCCGAUCCAGCAGAAGCAGCAGCCUCGCAGAAGCCCGUGCGGCGGCUCACCUGCACUGGCGCCGCCGCCGAUCCAGCAGCAGCCGCCUCGCACAGGCCCUUGCGGUGGCUCGUUUCCGCUGCUGCCGGCGCCUAUCCAGCAGAAGCAGCAGCAGCCGCCGCAGACUCCGGCCAUGGGAGUCUGGAUACGGCAACUGGACGCCGGCCAUGGGAGUCUGGAUACGGCAACUGGUCGCCUGCACUGCGGGGUGGCAGGACCGAUGCAAUCUGGAUACGGCAACUGGACGCCGGCCAUGGGAGUCCUCUGGACCAACUGAAGAAUGAGACUGUGAUUCAGAAAUCAGUGUCGCUCAGCUGCUAGUGUUAAUCGUCCCUAGCCAUCAGAAUUCAGUGUCGUUCUAGCCUAGUCUAGGUGUGAAUAUAGUCUUUGAAAACCAACUUGACCAAUGGGGCUAUUCUUGAUUUAAUCGGUGUCUGAAUUAGUAUUACCAAUAGAAAUUUCGUUUUACUUG